GGCAGCAGCAUCUAGGGCCGGGACAGAGGCACUGUCACCGGGUGUCUGCGCUUCGCUCCUCCUCGCAGGAGCGCGCAGCCCAGACUCCUGGAGAAGAGGGCCGGCCGUCGGUUGGCCUGCCGUCCAAGGCACGGAAGGCCGCCGCGCAAGGGGCUGGGAGAAGCAGGAAAGAGUUGGCCUGGGGGCCUAGCCAGGGACGCCUGAGUUUGUCAGGAUUCGAAGCCGGCCCCGGACUUGGGGAAGCCGUGGGGCAGAUCAACAGCCUUCCUCCUGGGGGGCAGCUGUGCCAAGCGCUCCCCGCUAGGGGGCAGCGUCCUCGCGUCGCGUCGUGGGAGCUUCGGGAGUUCAAGGGCGUGUCCCAGCAUCACCUGGCGGGGCAGCCGCUCCUCGCCUCGCCCGGCCUCGCCUCGCCCGGCGCACCUCCCUCCGCAGCCCGGUCGCGGGGCGACUCGGGCGCAGGCAGGAGUUCCGGGCUGUAGGACCGAGGCUGCAUGGUCUCCCCUCCGAGCCUCGGCUAUGCUGCCUUUCGGAGACAAAACGAGAGAAAUGGUCAAUGCAUGGUUUGCUGAGAGAAUUCAUCCUAUCCCAGUCUGUAAGGAAGGAGUCAGAGGUCACACGGAGUCCUGCUCUUGUCCUACUCAGCAGAGUCCCCGUUCUGAAACCACUGCCCCUGGCACCCCCACCAGGAAGAUCUCAGCCUCAGAGUUCGACAGGCCACUCCGGCCCAUUGUCGUCAAGGACGCUGAAGGAACCGUGAGCUUCCUCUGUGAGGCGGAAAAGAAGGAACAGAUGCCUCUACAGCCCCCCAGGUUUGGUGCUGAUACAGGAGAUCAGUGCUCAAGGCUCUUGGAGCUUGUGAAAGAUAUUUCUAGUCAUUUGGAUGUCACAGCGCUUUGUCACAAAAUCUUCUUACACAUCCAUGGGCUGAUCUCCGCUGAUCGCUAUUCCCUUUUCUUGGUCUGUGAGGACAGCUCCAAUGACAAAUUCCUCAUCAGUCGCCUGUUUGAUGUGGCAGAAGGCUCUACCCUGGAAGAAGCUUCCAAUAGCUGUAUCCGCUUGGAAUGGAACAAGGGAAUCGUGGGACAUGUGGCAGCUCUGGGGCAACCCUUGAACAUCAAAGAUGCCUAUGAGGAUCCAAGGUUCAAUGCGGAAGUGGACCAAAUCACAGGCUACAAGACCCAGAGCAUUCUCUGUAUGCCAAUCAAGAACCAUAGGGAUGAGGUUGUUGGUGUGGCCCAGGCCAUCAACAAGAAAUCUGAAAAUGGUGGCACAUUCACAGAAAAAGAUGAAAAGGAUUUUGCUGCUUACCUGGCAUUCUGUGGAAUUGUUCUCCACAACGCCCAAUUAUAUGAGACAUCACUCCUAGAGAACAAACGGAACCAGGUGCUGCUGGACCUUGCUAGCUUGAUCUUUGAAGAGCAGCAGUCCCUGGAAGUGAUUCUAAAGAAGAUCGCGGCCACCAUCAUUGCCUUCAUGCAGGUGCAGAAAUGCACCAUCUUCAUAGUGGACGAAGACUGCUCGGAUUCAUUUUCUAGGGUGUUUCACAUGGAGUUUGAGGAUUUGGAAAAACCGGCAGAUUCCUUAUCAAGUAGGGAUGGAGACAUGAAUAGAAUCAAUUACAUGUAUGCUCGCUAUGUCAGAGACACCAUGGAACCUCUUAACAUCCCCGAUGUCUAUAAGGACAAGAGAUUUCCCUGGACAAAUGAAAAUGCAGGAAACUUUCACCAGCCCAUUAGAAGUUUGCUUUGCACACCUAUAAAAAAUGGAAAGAAGAACAAAGUGAUAGGAGUUUGCCAGCUUGUCAAUAAGAUGGAAGAGAAUUCCAGCAAAUUCAAACCUUUCAACAGAAAUGAUGAGCAGUUUCUGGAAGCCUUUGUCAUCUUUUGUGGAUUGGGGAUCCAGAACACUCAGAUGUAUGAAGCAGUGGAGAGAGCCAUGGCUAAGCAGAUGGUCACCCUGGAGGUCCUAUCAUAUCACGCUUCUGCAGCAGAGGAGGAAACCAGAGAGCUUCAGUCAUUAACAGCCGCCAUGAUACCAUCCGCCCAGACCCUCAAGAUAAUGGACUUCUCCUUCAGUGACUUCGAGCUCUCCGAUUUGGACACGGCCCUCUGCACAAUUCGGAUGUUCACUGACCUCAACCUCGUGCAGAAUUUCCAGAUAAAACACGAGGUUCUUUGCAGGUGGAUUCUAAGCAUCAAAAAGAAUUAUAGGAAGAACGUAGCCUACCACAACUGGCGGCACGCCUUCAACACUGCCCAGUGCAUGUUUGCUGCAUUAAAGUCCGGGAGAAUUCAGAGUCGGCUGACCGACCUGGAGAUCCUGGCCCUGCUCAUCGCAGCCCUGAGUCAUGACCUGGACCACAGAGGGGUGAACAACUCUUAUAUACAGAGGAGCGAGCACCCCCUUGCCCAGCUUUACUGCCACUCCAUAAUGGAACACCAUCAUUUUGACCAAUGCCUCAUGAUCCUCAACAGCCCCGGCAACCAGAUUCUCAGUGGCCUGUCCAUUGAAGAAUACAAGGCCACGCUGAAAAUGAUCAAACAGGCAAUUUUAGCCACUGACUUGGCAUUAUACAUCAAGAGAAGAGGAGAAUUUUUUGAACUUAUAAGAAAGAAACAAUUCAACUUAGAAGAUCCCCAGCACAAGGAGUUAUUUUUAGCAAUGCUGAUGACAGCCUGUGAUCUCUCAGCGAUAACCAAGCCGUGGCCUGUUCAGCAGCGGAUAGCAGAACUGGUAGCUGCAGAAUUUUUUGACCAAGGAGACAGAGAGCGAAAGGAGCUGAACAUCGAGCCCACAGACCUGAUGAACAGAGAGAAGAAAAACAAAAUCCCAAGUAUGCAAGUUGGAUUCAUCGAUGCCAUUUGCUUGCAGCUCUAUGAGGCCCUGGCCCACGUCUCAGAGGCCUGCUUCCCUCUGCUAGAUGGCUGUAGAAAGAACAGACAGAAGUGGCAGGCCCUGGCGGAGCAGCAGGAGAAGAACCUGCUCAAUGGGGAAAGCAGUCAACCCAAGCUGAAGUGAGGGGCCGCCGGACUGAGCGGGCAGAGUUUACGUUUACAUAGAAGAUGCCCUGUUUUGUGAUCCGUAGUUUUCACAGACACUGUAGGAUUGGGUAUAGAUUUUGCCACUGCUGUAUUUUUUUAACGUUUGGUUUUAUUUUUGCACAACGUUGAAGGGCAUAGGGUGACGUGUUCGUAGGGGACUGUCUUUAUACCACUGAAGUGAGGUGGCUCACUUUGACCACCAUGGUCCCAGCUGGCAGAGCACCAGUGUUGAUGCUCAGGCCCUGCAGAGGGAGGUGGGGGAGGCUUGGGGGCCCUCGGCCCUGGGCUCAUCCGUCUGUGUCCCCGGCUGUUUUGGCUGUGGCCAGAUGACCAGUUCUUCAAGAAUGCUUGGCAGCUUCUCCCUCUUCCUGGGGGAGCCAGGAUCAACAGUCCAUUCCUCGGUGUUUGAGAACACACAGGAGGAACGGCUGUUGUCCGGGCCUGACUUUGGGCAGAGCUGGACUGUGGGGAUUGGGGGGGUGGGCGGUGCGUGUUUACCACUGAUCCCUUUGCACAUCACAAUCAUGUCUUGACUCAGCAACUUUCAGAAUUCUAGAAUAUUGGGAAAGGUGUGACAUACCCUGUGAUUUAUAGAGAAGAUAAGUACAGAGGACACUCAUGAUGAUCCUAGUUUUAGCGCUGGGGCUGGGUGGGAUAUCAGAAGUCAUCUAAUCCAACCCUUUCAUUCUCAAGAUAAAAGCCAUGGAACCCACCCCCAAAAGUGAAAUGACGUGUCCAAGGUCACACAAGUAGUAGGCAUCAGAGGCAAGAUUUGAACCCAGGUCUAUAGGACCAUAGUUCUAAAGAAUUAAGGGACUUCCCAAACCUCUUCAACUCUCCUAUCUCACGGGUAGGGCCCAGGGAGGCUAAAUAAGUGACUUUCCCAAGGUCACACAGGUAGCAAACAUCAGAAGAGGAAUUUGAUCCUGGGUGCAGAGAUCUAGAGUUAGAAGGAGGAACCACAGAGGGCAGUGAUUAGAGCCAACCACCUAAUUUUACAGAUAAGGAAAUCAAGGUACAGAGAUGGGGACUUGCCUAGGGUCACACAGCUACUCACUUUUUUGAUGAGAAAGAUUGAUUUGUAGAUGUCUGAGAGAGAAGGAAUCUUUGAAUAAACUUCAGGAAGUCCUCUCCUUCCACUGGGGACUGCAAAAUCACCAUCCCUUCUUUAAAAAUAGUGUUACAAUUUAUAUCUUGAAAAAUUAAAUUUCAGUAACUUGAGUCUCAAAAUGAGUGAAUGGGCAGCACUAGGAAUCUAGCAUAGUCCUGAGUGAAGGGUAGCCAUGGAUAGGGUAGAAUGACAACCAUUCCUUCCCCUUUCACUUAGAAAGGAGUCCCAAGGAGCUGCAUGAAGAUGGGGCUUUUUUAAUCAUUAAUGCGGCAAAGAGAGAACACAGCAAUCCUUGCACUUUGAUAAGCAGCAAAAGGUCAUUGGGAUCUCCCUUUGCUACCCAUAUUGGGAUGCUGUUGGGGGUCAAAGGGAAAUAUCAGGAGAAGUCCCCCAGCCAUAAACAGCCCCCUAAGCCCCAUGGAAGCAAGUAGCUUCAUUCCAUGGGAUCAGUAGGCAGGGAUGGGCGAGGCCAAGCGCUACCCCCAGAAAUGACCCACUUCUCUCUACUUCUUUGGAUCAUGUGACUUGGCUGCCAUCUUUCUCCCCUAGUCCUUCCUUGGCGGGAUCAUAGGCAUCUCCCGUUCAGUAGUGUGCCCUUGGGCCCCUUGGAAAAGCGGACAUGCAGAAUGGAAGGAAGGAGGCAAUAGAAAGGGGGAGGCCUGGAGCUUCCCAACAAACGGUGUCAAUGUGUUUGCUCACAGUUCCCAUCAUCCCUUAGUCAGAAGCACUCAGGAGAACUUUUUUUUUAGUCCAGACCUCACAUGUAGAGUGUUUCUAGUGUAGAACCCCCCUUUCCCAAGGAAAUUGCUGAUUCACCCAUAACUUACACUCUUAGGCAGUUGCCUAGGAGCACUUCAAGGUUAGGUGACUUGUCCAGAGUCAUACUUCCAGUCUGGCCCUUGGCAGCCCUCACUAGUAUCAUAAUGUCCUAGUACACAAAGACCAUUUCCUACAAAUACGUUGUUUUCUUUGUGUGACUAUUUCACAUAGCUGUUCACAUAAAGUUCAAGGUAGAAUUUAAUUUGUGAAAUACUUUGAGAGGCAGCUAGGUGAUGCAGUGGAUAAAGAACCGGCCCUAGAGUCAGGAGGACCUGAGUUCAAAUCUGGCUUCAGACACUUGAUACUUACUAGCUGUGUCACUUAACCCUCAUUGCCCAACAAAAAAAAAAAAAAAGAGAGAGAAAAGAAAAGAAAUACUUUGGGUACCAUGAUCUUAUGCAUAUUUGAUCUAUAGAUACAAAUUUCUCAUGAUUUUGGCCGAAGUUAAUGUUUCCUUAGGUACCACCUCGGUAAUCAUAGUUGGUUCUGUGUCAGGGCAUAAAAUACUCUGAUAAGCUCCGAGCUGCUCACCAGUGGGCUUGCUGUGGCUGGAGUACACAGUGGGGUUUUGUUGCACUUUUAUGGCACUUUGUAGAGAUAAGAGUUGUGACCCUUGCCCCUUAAAUGGCAGAACUCGUAAAUGACUUGGAUUGCCACAAAGCUAGUUACCCAGGUCUGCUGGCCCAUCUCUCCAGAAGUGGCCGUCAUCUCUAAUGCUUGAUAUCUAUGUGACCUUGGAUCCCGACCUCAGUUUCCUCCUCUAUAAAAGGAGGGAGUUGCAGUAGAUAACGUCUGGCAUCCCCUCAAAGAUCGAGUCACCUUAGGAAAAAAACACAUCCUAUCCUCCAUAUUGGGACAGCCUUCAGAUUCUGCAUCCACACCCAAGUCUAUAACUUGCCACAGGUUUAGACUCUUCCCACCUAAACAAAGAUGAUUUUCGAGAGGAUGCCUUGUAGGCAAUUAUUGGUGGAAUGAAGAUAAGUGUACUUUGUAUUGGGAUACUAUCUAGUGGUGUUUUCCCACUUUCCAGUCCCAGAGGUUAGGACACAUUUGUUCUGCUUGAUGUUUACCCAUUAGAGACGGUGGUUCAUGCAGAAGUUAAAAGUGCUCCCCUUACUCUUUCCACUGAAGUGGUUUAUGUGCCAAGCAAAUUUUGAACUUAACGAGCUUUAUUGUUGUUCAAAAUAGGGGCCAUCUAGCUGGGCUAUUUAGUAUCCUAGAAUUAGAGCUGGAAGAGCCCUCAGAGAUUAUUCAAUCCAGUCCCUCACUUUACAGAUAAGGAAACUGAGACCCAAAAGGUUUAAGUGACCUGCCCAAGGUCACACAACUAGUGUAUGUCUGAGGCAGAAUUCUAACACAUCUUGUUUAUUCCAUGGCCAGUGCUCCUUCCAUUCUGCCAUGCUUCAUUACAUGACUUGUUUAUAAUCGAAGGGAUGCUAAAUUUGCACAUCCCCAGCCAACCUCGUGUCGACCUUAGGUAAGCUGACCCUUUGAACAGCCUCCAUCAGCAGACCCAUGCAAUCUGUGAAAAGUAGGAACAAAUCAGAAUCAGCUGGCUGCUACCACAAAUGCCAGUCUCCUAUUCUCUUCCCAAGGUAGAUGAAGAAAGUUCACUUUUGUCUUUUCCUGCUUUGAUACUUAGAGCUCUAUGAUUUCAUCAUUGUGGGUGUUCCUGCUCCUCCUGUGGGCCACAGCCUCUCCUGCCUUCUCAGCCUCUGCAAUUCUUGUCUUCUACCUUCUACAGAGCCUUGGCCUCAAUGGUUUUUCCUAAAAAUGAACAUUCUAGGGGGUGGCUAGGUGGCACAGUGGAUAAAGCACUGGACUUGGAUUCAGGAGGACCUGAGUUCAAAUCCAGCCUCAAACACUUGACACUUACUAGCUGUGUGACCUUGGGCAAGUCACUUAACCCUCAUUGCACUACAAAAAAACAAAAACAAAAACAAAAAAACAAAAAAAUGAACAUUCUAAGUAGUUUCUGCUGUGUGGUAGCAAGAGUAACAGAUGCAAAAGCUGAGAGCAAUGUGCAGUUACUUUCUGGUAAAACGGCCCGGUUUUUUCAUAGGCUUUUUUCACAGAAUUUUGGUCUUUUCAUAGAAUUGGUAUUUUCCUUCUUGUGGGGAUUUGUGCAGAUCACUGAAUCACUCUGUGCCUGAGGGAACCAGGCUUUGUACAUGGAAUUAGGGAUGCUUGGGAACCUUUACACUUGAUGUCUUCGAAGACAGCAGCAUGGAAGAAGGCAGCUGCAAUAUUCUCCCUCCAAACUGCCAGUGUCCAAAACUGGAUACAGGACAUUGGUCUAAUGCAGCCUUUCUUAUGUCCUUGUGAAUUCCCCGGUCUUUGCAAAGAAGAGAAUACCUUCUUCAAACUUCACUUGUAAAUAUGUGGUAAAGAUGAGACUUUUUAAAACUCUUCAGGAUGAUGUGCUCACCACUCCUGAUCUCCCCUUUGAAGUGGGACAAAAGCAAGGACAGAAAAUCUUAAAUAUCGGGCAAGGAUGGUGGGUGGGCUGGGAGGAAAUUGACAUAACUGUGUGCUGUCUGCUCCAUUGCUCACUUGGGGUGUGUAAUGCAGGAGCUGGAGGGCUUGGAUUGGUCUCUGUUAUUUCUCCACCUUUAACAUGCUCCCUGCCCUUUCUGCUAGGUCUUUCUAUUGAUGUAUGAACUACUGUAAUAUUUGCCAGCAAUGCUGUGGUUGGGGUUUUUUCCUAGAUUUCUGAAAUAGGAUGGUGAAGCAAUGGGAGGGCUGCCCUCUUCUGCAGUUGCUCAGAUGCUUUGAAUGGGUACCAGGGAGAAAGGGAGGAAGGGAGCACUUUCUGGUCGACAAAGGACCCCUCUGGAGACUUAUCUAUUCCUAACUUUGAUGACUUUUAGUGGAAUCUAGGGCAGAUAACUUUCUCUCUGUUCCCCGACUACUGCUCCCAGGUCUUUAUUAAGUGCGUGCUAUGAGGUUUCAUGAAACCUUUCUUGAUGGAGAACUUAGGAUAAGCCUGGAAAUGGGACACUGAGUCAUUCUUCCCAUCAUCCUCUGGGAUCAAAGGCUGCUAAGUCAGGGAGACCUGUCCAACAUCCCAGCACACAGAGUUGUUUGUUUCUUGCCCCAUACAAACUAGAUUGAAGCUCUUUGGAACCAUACACUUGGAAAUCAAAAUCACCGUCCCAGGCUGUUCCAUUUUUGGCUCGUAUUAAGUAAGCACCUUCCUGGACCCCUUUUGCUCUGCCAUAUAGAGAAAGGAAGAAAGCAUUGAGCUCACCUACUCCCUUCCUACACCUACCAAAAGCCUGUGUAUACAUGUUUUAAUGAAUGUAGCUGAAAGUGUAAAUACUUUUUAAAAAUAAAUUACAUAAUAGUUUAAUUUUUUAAAAAAAUCACAAUGAACCAUCACUAGCCACUGUUAGUAUUUCUUUGUAUUCUUAUACUUUUUCAAAGUAUUGGAACAAAUAUAUAGUUUCUGGACACUAUUUUUGUACUAGGAUGGGGAGGGGAGGGUGCUGUGUAUAUUAUGUUUAAUGGUGUUUGAAUGUCAAUGUCUCUCUCCCACCCCCUCUCUCCUCCCCCACUCCCUGUUUCAGACAAUCUUCUUACAUGACAGACUUGAGUGUAAGGACCAGUUGGCUUGGACUGUCCGCCAACCAACUGGUGAAAGAAAAAACCCAUAGGGGAAUUUUCCACCGAGUCCAGACUAUUCACUUGCCACUUACCUCCUCAUUGUAUUCUUUGUGCUGUUUUUCAUUCUUUGAAAAAUAAAAAGGAUGAUAAACA